AUGCGGUGGCGACUGCAAGUGCUUCUGAAGGCCAUUCCUGGGAAUAUCCUCCUCAAGUGCACGGCCCUCUCUCUGCUCGCCACGUGUUACCACCUGAUUGGCCACGCCCACUUUCACAAGCACGUACUUCAGAAGGGCAUCGAUCUAGUCACACACCAGCUCGCCACACUCCCACGCUCAGCCUCGGGUUCUGAACCAGGUCCCAGCUCGGCUGCAGGCUUGGGGUUAGGUUCGGGAGGAGGUUUGGGCGGAGGUUCGGGCGGAGGUUCGGCGGCGGAGCUGGCUCGGUGGAUGGGGGUGUUCUCGGUGGGGAUGGCGGGGCGGUUGCUGGGGGAGGGAGAUGUGGAGGGGGCUGCUGGGGCAUUGGCGAAGGGGAUGGCUGCUGUACAGACGACAGGGGAUAGGGGCAUGAUGCUCCUGCUAUCCGCUUCCCUGCUGCACAUUCGCAUCUCGACCGUCCAUCACACGCCACAGCAGAUCUCAACCCUUCUUUCAGAAUGCACCUCGUUGUGGCAGCAGAUCCCGCCACGUCAGCAGCCAGACUACCGUGGCCUGUUCGUCUACGUCCAAUUACUGGCUGCCACGUGGCACCUCCGCAUGGCUGACUACAACCAGGCCAAGGCUGACGUGGCAGCAGCAGAGGAGGCACUGGCGGGGAUGAGUCCCCCUGCAGCGAAUCGUGAGGCGCCAGCUGGCAGCUCGCCAGUUGCUGCGUCAGCGCCACGUCAGCUGCAGCAGGGGGGGAAUGUGCAUGCACAGAGGCUGGGGCAGGAUACAGGAGCAGUAAGAGCAGUGGGUGCAGCAGGAGCAGCAGGGGGGGUGAUGGGCAACGGAGCAGGGGCAAUGGUCGCAGGGGAAGGAGGAGAAGCGUCAGGCGCAUGUUUCAGGGAUGAUCCGUUGAUGCGGUUACCACUGGGCCCGCCCCACGUGCUCAAUGCUGAUUGGCUGCCGCUGCCAGCUGUCAGGGCGGUGGCAGGCCUGCUAAAGGUCAUGCUGAGCCGCCCGGGAGGAAAGCUCCUGGAAGCUGAGGGGGCGUUGAAGGAAGAGAGGGAGAUGCUGCGAGAUGAGCUUCACCGCAUCGGGGUCCUCCCAGGCUCUACAGAGUCCACUCUGGAGCCUUGGAGUGUGGUGUGGGCAGGCACGCUCUUGCUCUUGCUUCUCUACGUCUUGGAAGCCCAAGCAGUGCUGGCGCUGACAUCUACAGAAUACCCCCUCUCGCAACGGGUUCUGUUGGAGAUUUGUGAUUGGUCAAGUCGCUUCCCGACCCUGCUGGCCUCGUUUGGUCCGAACCUCCACCUCUUGCUCGGGCAGUACGCCCAUGCCACAAUCGACCUUCCAAUCGCAAUCCGCCACUUCAGCACCGCUGCUGCCAAGGCCGGGUCCUCCUCCUUCCACCAUCUCCACCAUCGGCCCAUCCGCUGCCUUGCUCUCUGCCUCUCUGCCAUCGUGCAUCUCACCAUCGACGACCCCUCACACGGGCACAUAUCCCAGGCAGUGGACAUUCUAUCAGCUCUGGAGCAGGAAGAAGCACAGCACGCCCAAACGCGACAGCAGCAGCAGCAACAAGCGGGAGCAUUGCCUUCACCAUCAGCAGCAUCACCGUCAGCAGCAGGGGUUGCAACAGGGGAGGAAAGGAAGAGGGAGCAGUGCGCGCAGCUGCUCGCAACAGCUCUGCUGGCGCUUAGACAGGGAAACCUGGUGGAUGCUAGGAGCCGACUCGCCCAAGGGCUGUUGGUGACUCACCGCCAGCUCAGCAACCACCAGAUCGCCGCCCAUUUCCUGCUGGCCAUAGGCGGCAUUGCACUGCGCACCAGCGACCUUGUUGGAGCAAAGGACAUUCUGAGAUCUGGGUUGACUCUAUUCCGGGCGGCAAGAGAUACCCAGGGCGUGGUGGCUGUUGCAGCAGAGUUGUCACUCUUGUACAGGUCAACAGACGAGGCGAUGGCAGAGAGUCAGAACGCGGCGUAUCUGAAUCGCAAGCGAGGGGAGCUGAGCCAGCAGGUCACAGCAGUGGUUGGUGCACCAGGGCAUGCCAUACUGCUACAGGUAAAGAUCAUAAUGUCCGUCGUGUUGUAUCCGAAAGCUAUGAGUUUAAGCUUUUCAGUCUGUCCCUUUGCGCCCUCGUUUUUCCGUCCCGUCGCCCACGCGAUCUCCUCUCGCCUCCCUUACCCACGCGAUUGUCGCCGCACUUCCGUGGCUCGUCCCGCUGCCUUCUCAUCGCCCAUCCCAUCGUCCAUCCCGUCGCCCAUACCAUCGCCCAUCUCGUCGCCCAUCCCGUCGCCCAUCCCGUCGUCGAUCCCGUCGCCCUUCCCGUCGCCCAUCCCGUCGCCCCUCCCUCCGCCCUUCCUAUCUCCCCUCGCCUAUCCUCUCCCCCGUCGCCCUUUCUCUCCCUUGUCGCCCUUUCUCUCCCCCGUCGCCCUUUCUCUCUCCCGUCGCCCUUUCUCUGUCACGUCGCCCUUUCUCUCUCCCGUCGCCCUUGCUCUCUCCCGUCGCCCUUUCUCUGUCACGUCGCCCUUUCUCUUUCCCGUUGCCCUCCCUCCCGUCGCCCUUAAGCUCUCCCGUCGCCGAUCCUCUCUCCCGUCGCCCUUCCUUUCUCCCGUCGCCUAUCCUCUCUCCCGUCGCCCUUUAUCUCUCCCGUCGCCUAUCCUCUCUCCCUCGAAACAGUCAUCGCCCUUCCUCUCUCCCCUCCCGUCACCCACCUCGGCGCCCUGGCGCUCGCCCCGAAAUGCCUGCCCGUCGCCCUUCGUUUCUCCCCUCCCAUCACCCAUCUUGGCACCUUCGCGCUCGCCCCGAAAUGCCUGCAAGUCACCCUUCCUUUCUCCCCUCCCAUCUCCCCACACCCUACCAUUCCACAAUUUUCGCUCAAUCAGCUCUCUACGUGCGUUGUCGUUUCCUUCUCGUUCUUCGUUUUUUUAUUCCUAA